UAUGGCUGAAGAUUACAUAAGCUUAGCUGCUAAUUUUGAAGAUAAUACGAAUUUGUUGAUAGCUGAGAUGGACUGGACUAAACAUAAGACUGACGCAGUAUAAAUCAAGGGAUUCUCAACUAUAAUAUACUUUAAAAAAGGUGGAGAAAAACCAGAAUAAAUUGAAUUCUCAGGAGCUCGCAAAAUAUUCGCUUUGAUUGAGUUUCUAAAAGAAACGGCAGGUUCAAAAUUGAAGUCCUAUGAUAUAUUUAUGCUAUGUAUACUUUAUGUAUAAUUAUAUUACUUUAACAUAUUUUCAUUAAUCAUCUCCUUUUGAGUCGAUUUCAUUAUAACAAUACAACUUCAAAAUUAAGGACAUUAAUAUUGAACCUCGUACGAACCUCAAUGUCGUAUUCAUUAGAAUUUAUUAAUAGAUAAUUUAUUAAAGAUUACAAUAACACAAAUUUUUAAGGGCAAUUUUAGAUUAUUCUCAAGUUUAAAUACAUCGAUAGAAGGGUAUAGUUUUCUGAUUUGAUCGAAUACAAUAAUGGCCUGGCUUUUUGAU